AUGGGGAAGGAGCGAAGAUUCCGGGCCUCUCGGGCCUUGAGCUUGACCUUGCACCUCCAGAUGAGUAGUUUCAAUGUGUCAUGGAACAAGAGCAUUUGUGCAUAGGGCAUGCAGCAUUUAUGAUAGAAUUAUGUACAGCCACAGAAUCAGACUUAUUUUGCUUGCACAAAGAGAUACCUACACCUAGAAAGAUAGUAUUGUAGUUAUUCGAGCUCGGUCAGUUCGGGCGGAGCCUUUUCUUCUUCGCCUGAAUAGGGUGCUGUGGAAGUUCAAGGACCGAUUGUUACUUGCAGUUGGGAUCGACAGACCCGUAUGAACAUGCAAGUCGUCGUCUCCGACGUGGCAGGUCCAGGCGAACGUCCACAAGGGCAGCAUGCUUUUUGAAAGAAUAAUUUCAAAAUACUUUUUAUCAUGAUGGUAGAUUGCGAGAAUAGAACUACGUCCGCGGAGCUCCUGCGAUUCAUAUACUGAUACCUCGUUGAGAGAUCCUCGAGCAGCUGCGUGGCGGCAGAGACGCAGCAUGGUUUGUAUUGGAGAAAUGGCGAUUUUUCCGGCUGCUCAUACAUAGGUCCUGUAGUUGUUUCCCCUGCGGAAGAUCGAGAGUAGUUUAUCAAGGUGCUAACGCUGUAUGUUCUUCUGUUCAGCUCGGUAAGUAAAUAAUCGAUUAGAUUACGUGGUCGCGAGGGAAGCCGAUAAUUGUUGGGGACGACCAAUUUCAUCUCUAGAAGAGGGGCAGGUACUGGGCGACUUCCGAGACUGGGUCACUUGCUGGGGCAUGCA